AUGUUGCUCCCCACGGCUCUCUUGCUUGCUUCUCAGCUGGUGGCGCCAGCAUCAGCAGCGCUAAGUAUCCACGGUGCGGAUAUUUCGUCUCUGCUUGUGGAGGAGGAUGCGGGAAUUUCGUAUAAGAAUACUGCUGGCACGAAGCAGGCGUUGGAGGUGAUACUUGCGGAUGCGGGGAUUAACUCUGUGCGCCAGCGUGUGUGGGUCAAUCCUAGUGAUGGGUCGUACGAUCUGGACUAUAAUAUCGAAUUGGCCAAGCGGGUGCAGGCACAGGGGAUGACGACGUAUUUGGACCUGCAUUUGAGUGAUACUUGGGCGGAUCCGAGUCAUCAGGCUACACCCUCUGGCUGGUCCACGACCGAUAUCGACACGCUUGCUUGGCAACUAUACAACUACACCAAGGAAGUAUGCGACACCUUUGCAGACAACGGUCUCACCGUCGACAUCGUCUCGAUCGGCAACGAGAUCCGCGCCGGUUUACUCUGGCCCCUCGGCGAAACAAGCAGCUAUGCCAACAUCGGUCGCCUCCUGCACUCCGGCGCCUGGGGCGUCAAGGACUCCAGUCUCGCGACAACCCCCAAGAUCAUGAUCCACCUCGACAACGGCUGGUCCUGGUCCGAGCAGGAAUACUUCUACAACACCGUUCUAAACAGCGGCUCGACCUUUGUCUCGACUGACUUUGAUUAUAUCGGUGUCUCGUACUAUCCCUUCUACAGCUCCAGCGCGACCCUGGCAUCCCUGAAGACCAGUCUGACCAACCUGCACUCGACGUAUGGCAAGGACGUGCUGGUUGUCGAGACUAAUUGGCCGUAUUCGUGCCCGAACCCGGCCUAUUCGUUCCCGUCGGAUCUCUCGUCGAUUCCAUUCUCUGUUGCUGGACAGCAGACCUUCUUGAAGGAUCUCGCGGCUGUUGUUUCGGCUGUUUCGGGUGGUUUGGGUAUUUAUUACUGGGAGCCGGCGUGGGUGGAUAAUGCUGGGCUGGGGAGCAGUUGUGCGGAUAAUUUGUUGUUCAGUUAUACCAAUGAUGAGGAGCGGGCAAGUUUGGAGACGCUGGGUACAGUUUAG